AUGCCACAGGGUUUCACCAGACGGGCGAUUGGAGGGCUGCUGGCAGCUGGCAUUCUCCUGAUUAUCUGGCGCACUUCUCAGUACCAACAACAACCUCUAAGAUCCUCCAUUCUCCACGGCCACGGCUCUGAUACGACGACCCCCAAUACUCAGAACGGCGAUGUGCAAAUUCCCGGCGUUAAGAUUCCGGAUGUCAACAUUCCUGAUGUUAAGGCUCCCGACGUGAAGACCCCCGACGUCAAGCCUAGCGAUCCCAAACCCGAAGCUCCCAAAACCGGAGAUCACAAAACCACCGAAGUCCCACGGCGACGCGUCGGCAAGGUGUCGAUGUUGUACGGCUAUGAGAAUUGGUACUACGAGCGAGCCCUGGAGAGUCACAAGCGACACGCAGACCGAUGGAACUACCCAAUGCACAUCCUCGAAGAGGAAAUCUCUGUGGGGUAUUGGAACAAACCGAACUAUGUGCUGUCGCUCAUCAUUCAAGAGCUUACAAAGCCGCCCGAUGAACAACUGGAGUGGUUGAUGUGGGUUGAUGCCGACUCGAUCAUCAUCAACCCUGCGAUCCCCGCCGAUAUCUUCCUCCCACCCGCCGACAUGUCGGAAAUCCAUUUCGUCUCUUCGAAAGACCAAAAUGGGCUCAAUACUGGAAUUGUGUUUUUCCACGUGCACUCGUGGACCAUCAGCUUCCUGAUCGAGGUCCUCGCCUUCCCUCUCUAUUUCCCCGACUGGGAUUUGGGGGUUUCAGCCGACCAGCAAGCGAUGGCUGCGAUCAUGACCAAAACCACGGUUGGCCCCGAGGGCCACGGCUACGCGGACGGAAUGGUCUAUCUUCCGCGACCAUGGAUCAAUACCUACGAAUGGCAUCAUGACUACGAAGGGAAAAAGGGAGACAUGCUGGUCCAUUUCCCGGGCCUCCAGGAAGACCGAUGGCCGCAUAUGCAAAAAUGGAUCGAAAUCGUGGAAAAGACCCCACUCGAAUGGGAAGUGCCGCUGCACGAGACUGUCUACCCUGACCUGACCCGUGAAUUCUGGGUCAAAUUCCGGGCUGCCCGGGACCUUGCUAGAAAGGUUGAGAAUGAGCUCUCUGCCGCGAAACCGGGCACUCGAGUUGCUGCGCGAGAGGACGCAGUGAAGGCACUGCGAGACGCUCUGCGGCAGCAUGCCGACGAGCCCGAGCUUCUUCAGGAACGUGUUGAUGGAUUGCAAGCCGCCAUCCGGACAGACGCCUCUAGGUGA